AUGAACGGCUACGGCUCCCCGUACCUUUACAUGGGCGGCCCUGUGGCUCAGCCGGCCCGGGCGCCCCUGCAGCGGACGCCCAAGUGCGCGCGCUGCCGCAACCACGGCGUUCUCUCCUGGCUGAAGGGCCACAAGCGUUAUUGCCGCUUCAAGGACUGCACCUGCGAGAAGUGCAUCCUCAUCAUCGAGCGGCAGCGCGUCAUGGCCGCCCAGGUGGCGCUGCGCCGCCAGCAGGCCAACGAGAGCCUGGAGAGCCUCCUGCCCGACACGCUGCGCGCCCUGCCCGCCGCUGCUGCCGCCUCCGCUGCUCCUCCGCCCGCCUCUGCUACGCCGCCCGGGCACCCCGGAGCAGCUGGCAUCCUUUUCAAGAAAGAAAAUAUAGCUAGCAUUUCUCUUCUUGUUUUCUCUAACAUGACAGAAGAGCGACUGGGUGACGUCAGUGGAGGAGACAGUACUGAGACCUACAGUGACAAAGAUACAGACCAAAGGAGUUCCCCAGAGGUGACCAAGACCAAGAACAGCUUCACUCCCGAGAGCCCUGAAAUAGUUUCCGUUGAUGAGGGUGGUUACGCAGUCCAGAAAAGCAGCGGGAGCACUGACAGCAGACCUGAGAGCCCUAAGUAUCAACCAGAGCAGAACCAUUUCUUGAUUGAAGGCCCAUCAGGGACAGUUUCUCUGCCAUUUGGCUUAAAAGCCAACCGGCCACCCCUUGAAGUGUUAAAGAAAAUAUUCCCUAACCAAAAGCCAACCGUGCUUGAAUUGAUUUUGAAAGGCUGUGGGGGUGACCUGGUGAGUGCGGUUGAGGUCCUCCUGUCAAGCAGAUCCUCCCUAGGGGGAGGAGACAGAACUUCUGCAGAACCAGAAGGCCUUGUUUUGCCUUCAAAUGGGCACCUCUUUGAACACACUCUGAGCUCCUAUCCUAUCUCCUCUUCAAAAUGGUCAGUGGGGUCUGCUUUUCGAGUCCCAGACACACUGAGGUUUUCUGCAGAUACUAGUAAUGUUGUACCAAAUCCAUUGGCUGUUCCAUUACAGCAUCCCUUCCCACAACCUCCUCGGUAUCCAUUGAUGUUGAGGAAUACUUUGGCAAGGAACCAGUCCAGUCCAUUUCUACCCAAUGAUGUUACUUUGUGGAACACCAUGACCCUUCAGCAGCAGUAUCAGCUGAGGUCUCAGUAUGUCAGCCCCUUCUCUGCUAAUUCUGCCACGGUCUUCCGAAGUUCUCCUGUCCUUCCCACUCGCCCGUCAGAGGAUCCUAGAAUCUCACUUCAAGAGGACGGAUGCCCAAUUGUGGCAAAACAACCCAUUUAUACAGAGGAUGACUAUGAUGAAAGAUCUGAUUCCUCAGAUUCUAGAAUAUUAAACACAUCUUCGUAAUAUGAUUAUUUGCCACGACAUUUUUCAAUGUGACAGA